AUGCCCACAGAGCGAGUAAAUUACCUCGAGGAUCCUAACAUCCUCGGCCUGGAAUCGCUGUUUGGACUCCUCAGCAUCGUCAAUGUGAUUGUCCUACACUACCUCAUGGCCGUGGUCAUCCCCUACCCGCUAGUUGUCACUUGGAUCCAACUAGCCCUUGGCCUUCUGUACACACACGUGCUCGGAGAAUUCGGAGUCGAGUAUAAAGACUUCAACCACUUCCCACCCACCCGCAUAUUCAAAGAGAAGUUGUCUGAGCUGUUGAUUCCGUCUCUGGCGUAUCUGUCAAUGAUAUGUUCGGCGAACAUGUUACUGGCGCGGGUCCCGUCGGUAGCAAUGUACCCAGUGGUUGCCUCGUUCGCGAUUGUGGCUCACCACGCAGCGCGUUUCUUCGGUUGCGGACAAAUCUACCGGCCCAGUCGGUGGGUGGCGUUAGGGGUGAUUCUGUUGGGUUAUUUCAUUUCCGCGUUCGACUACUUCGCAGUCGGCGGUGACGUUAUUCUGCUGUCGCUCUUUUUCGGACUGAGCACUGCCCUGUACCGUGCUGCCUUUCUGGAGCGGUCAUUGCACAUAACUCGCGGUCUGUCCUCUGAGCUCUAUGUGCACCAAGCCGUGAUUGGCAUUGUGCUGCUCCCGGUCGUCAUUAUCCUUUCGCGCGAGCGCCGCUUCUUCACUUACAUGCCCACCGACUUCUCCCGGGCCUGGACUUGGCUCAUGUGGGGCUGUCUCUCCACCGCCGCCUCCCUGCCUCUGCUCAAGAACAUCGUCUCUAACAGACUUAUCCGCUUCUCCGGCCAGCCGCCUUGGAGGUUCCUAGAACUCUUCGCGAUCAUCCUCGUCUUCGUCCUCGGCUGGGCCAUCUUCGACCGCAUCAAUGGCCUCUCCAUCCUCGCAUUCGGCCUCGUCUUCGUCGGCCGCACGCUGAACACAAUCGACGCACUCCGCUUCGACGAAGCCGCCGCCCCACCCUUCAAAUUCACCGGACCCGGGGGCAACACAGACUACCACAAUAUGGACAACUCCCCCAAAGUCUAG